AUGCCACAUCCGGAAGUGGCCCUGCUGCGGCUGCCCUUGGACCCAUCGCUCUGGCAGCUCCACCAGGCGCUUGACGUCGAACACCUCGAACGCCUCCGCGACCCGCGCGCGGCGACGGUGCUGCUGGCGGAGCUCGGGCGGGCGAGGCGGAGCGACCUGACACUGGGAAUGCUGCAGGUGAUGGCGGUGGAGCGGGUGGAGGUGAACGUGUUUCACUGCAGCUGCAGUGCGGCUGGCUGUGAACAGACCACGAGGUGGGCAGAAGCCUUGCAGGUGCUCUCUUGGAUGAAGAAAUGGCAGCUGGAGCACAAUGAGUACACUGAAAGCAUAUCUCACAAGGCCUAUGCUCAAGCAAGUUGUUGGCAGCUGGCACUUUGCAGCUUGUCUGGAUCCAUCCCAGUCUCAGCACUCACAGCCUCCACAGUUUCCUGGGAACUGCUCUUGGAGAUGACCUGGUUUGCGCGCCAUGCGCGGACCGAGCCGAGCUGUAGGGCCAUCACGUCCGUGGCGGGCCAGGUGGAGCAAGGAUGGUUGGUGACGCUGAACCUGCUGCAGUGGCUAGGGAGGUCAGGCUCCAGCCCUGAUGUUGUAGCAUGGGGUGCUGCGAGCAGCGUCUGCGAGAAGUGCGAGCAGUGGCGCUGGCCUGGAGAGCUUUUGCGAACCAUGAGGAGCCAACGUUUGCGCUUAAACGCCAUCGCCAGCAACACUCAGCUGAGCUCAUUCCAGAGAUCCCUGCUUUGGCGGUCUUCAGCGCAAUCCUUAAAUGAGCUACGUGCCAGGGCGCUGCAGAGCGACACAGUGGGAGUCAACGCUGUUCUGGCCGCGUUAUCAUCGUGGAAAGAUGUGCAUUGCCUACUGUGGCAGACGGCUGGCUGGAGCGUGAGAAGUAGCACCAUCACCUACAACUCGGCUGUUCCCAGUAUGCCGUCCUGGGCGAGCUCUGCAUGGUUGAUGCGGGCAAUGUGUGCAAAAGGCCUGGAGACUUCACGGGUCACCGGCAAUGGGCUGCUUUAUACGCUGGAGAGGAGCGCUGUUUGGGAAGAGGCUCUUGAGCUCUUCUGGGCCCUUCCAUUGGCCCCAGACAUCAUCUCCUGGGGUUCCACCAUCAACGCCUUGGCGCAGGUGGAGGCUUGGGGCAGUGUGUGCCAGCGGCUGCAUGGCAAUGUGGCCACCACAACCUCGGCCAUUUGUGCCUUGCGAGACCGCUGGCGGCAAGCCUCAAAACUCUUCUGGCAUGAACAUGUGGACCACAGUUUCGACGAGGUCGAACUGAGCUGUAGCAAUCUCAUGGCCAGCUGCCAAUCUUGGUGGCAGUCCUUGUGGUGGCUUACCCACCUCUGGAGCCAUGGUCUCCAAACCCUUUCCUUCAACGCACCGCUGGGGAUCUGUGCACAGCAGCGCCAGUGGAGGAGGGCAUUGUCCCUCCAGUGCUUUGGCCUGGACCCAGCCAGCCGGAACCUCCUCGCCGCUGCCUGUGCGAGCGGGGCGCGCGGGGCGCGCAGGGCGGCAGCGCCGGUAGCGGUGCAGCUGCUAGGAGAUUUGUUGGAGGAGAAUGGCCAGAACGGCCCCUCAAAGGCCUUCGAGCUCGAUCCCUUGAGCUCACUGUGCAGCCGGCCAUCUUCGGGUCCUUCUCGCUUUCUGUCACCCAUUGAUGGCUCCAUCGCGGAUGAGGAGGAAGCGGUCCAUCCUUCAGUGCUUGCAGGGAGGGAGCAAAACUUGAGGUGUGGCCUGGUGGUGGCGGACCUCAACAAGCGAGGAGUUGCAGAGUGCUUUGAGGAGUAUGGGCUGAGGGACUACUUCGAUGAGUUUGGGCAACGAAGAUUCUCGAACCUCUCGAUGUCUGUGGCUGCUCGCAGGCAUCCACAAGUGUCGAAAGCCUUUGGUUCCACGGCCCAGCACAUCAAGACAACCAAGGAGGCACACCUUUUUUCAGCAAUCGCCUAUCGCAAAGCGAGUGCGAUGAUUGAGCAGGACAGGCAGGCGCACAGAGAGAGGAAGGAGGUGCAGUUCAGGGGCCUUGCCAGUGCGGAGAAGUACCGGACCUCAGAGGUGGCGCGGCGCCAGCUCCAGUUAAUCCGACACGGAUUCCCACCGCUGGAGGAAAAUGGCCUCUCAUUUUUGCCGCAGGGAAUGACUGAGGAGGUGAUGCUGCCCUUGGAGCCGAGCUCCCGGCAGCAAGAGCGGGACAACCGGAAGCGCAGCGAGAGGCACAAUGUGUACCUGGCCGAACGAAAUCCUCAGACCGUGUUUUUGGUUAAGAGGCAAGGUUGGGUCUUCAACUACGAUGAUGUGCAGGGCAUUCUGGAGAAGCUUGAGGGAUGGAUGGGCGCAGUGGCCCUCACACCUAUUUGGGGCAUCGACAGGUCGACCUUCUCCCAGCUCUUGGUGGACCUGAACCUGCGGGACAAGGAUCGUUUGCCGUACAUCUGGGCUCAUCAAGUCUUCGAUGCGUACGCCAAACCCACUCGCCUGGCCGCGGGCGACCCGGACUAUGACGACACACCGGAAGGCCGUGCGAGGUCUGCUUGGUGUGUGUCCAGAUGGGACUUCAUCGCUGUCCUGGAUAGGCUGCUGCGCACGCGCUUCGAAUUGAGCCCUCGGGAGGAGUUUUUGAGCCGCCUGAAAGCGGCGCAUGGCCAGUUGCGGCGGGAAUGGAGAACCCGUGAGGACGAGAGCAGGACAGCUGCGCAAGCCGCUCAGCUGCGGCUGCAGUCCUGGAAGCAAAGCAACGCCUCCGACCUCGUCAACACCAAUGGCUCUGACCGAGGAAAGAACGGCAAGAUGAAGGAGGAGGAAUGUAUCAGAGAGAGCCAACGUUGGAAGUUUGACCGGCACGCGUGCUGCAUGAUGAAAGAGCCAGAGGUCAUGCAGAUCGUGGAACAGUUUCGGCAUGCCUUCACGGUGAUCUUCGAGUCUUACGCCAGCGAGACCAAGGAGAAGAAACCUCACAUGAACGCCAUGGACUUGGUCUCUUUCUGCUAUGAUUUCUGCCUGGUGCCCAACCUGGUGCCGCGCCAUGAGGUGAAACGUGCCUACCAAGCGGCGAUUCUGGUGGAGCGGCAGGAGGUCUCCUUGGCCUCCUCGUUGACCUCAGACCUGUCGACCCUCUCAGUGCCGCGGAACUCGAAAGGACAGGAGAUCGGACGCUCCGCCUCAACGGGGCGCGCCAAGCCAAAAGCCACUUCGGCCUUGAAGGAGGCGGUCCGAAAGCGCGCCUUUGGCUCCUUCAAUCCGCCCAAGAACCAACGGCCCAACACCAUGCCUGAUGGCUUGGUCAGGGUGACGGCUGAAGUCCAAGCGGCGGAGCGCGAGAAAGGGAAACCCGUUUUUGGCGUGGCAGCUUUUGUGGAAUGUUUGUGUCGCCUGGUGAUUGGGCACCUUCUGGUCUAUGGCAACAGCUUGCAGCAGACGAUAUCUCCGGAAGCCCGCGUGGUUUGGCUGGUCAGCUAUUUGGUGGAGGUCCUGCGCCAGGGGAGGUCGACCCCACAGCACAUUGCCAUGCCUGACUGGCCUGGCUGGCGUAGCGCAGCCUGGCGCAAGAUGCUUGAGCGCCUGCAGGAUGAGGACUUUACCAAUGCACCGCGGCCCAACGGGCAGGCACCUCCAAUUGACGCAGAGGAUGAGUCGACCCAGUCGGCAGACGAAGUGAAACCGCAGCGGAAUAGCGAGACAGAAGAUGAAGGGGAGGACAGCAAAUCGGAGGUGAGUCACCGAGCACUGAACCUCCCGAGCUUCGCCAAGGAUGCGCCGGAGGCCACAGGGUGGCUGUUUGCUCGCCUGCUGGUCUGCCCUUUUGACCUGAGUGCCAAGAAGAAGCGGGCCUCAGAGAAGGUCCGCCGCACCAACUCGGAGUACUUCUAA